UCCUUACUGCAUUACACGCUCACGUUACCUGCGAAAUGGCCAAAGUUGUAAAACUGCUACGCAUUCUGUAGUAUAAAAGAUCCUUCGUUGCAUGCAUUCUUAUUCGUAUGUUUAAUUGUACGACUACGAACAAAUUAGCUUGAGAAACUACAUUUCAAAAGAUGCAGAUCUUGUUGGGGAUUUUAUUUGGCAUCGCUGCUAUGGUGGCUAGUGUCCCUACAACAUGGUCAGGACACAAGUCAGGGCUCUCUGGAGAGAUACAUACCGGCAUCGUUAGACACGCUGAUAAGAUCGUUGGGGGAACCGAAGCCACACCCUACAGAUGGCCCUGGCAAGUUGGAAUUCAGUCAAGAAUUGUUGCGGAAGAUCCUGACGUUCUUGAAGAUCCUCCGGGAUUUUUCUGUGGCGGAUCUGUUAUUGAUAAGAAAUGGAUCCUUACAGCUGGACACUGCUGCGUCCACAUGAUUGAAACCAGGGAAUCUGUGGAAUUCGAGGUAUUUGUUGGAACGCACCGGCGACAGGAUGUACAAAGCAGGGAUAUAUAUGCCGUCGCCCGCAUAUUUAUACAUCCGCACUACUCCAAUCCUGAAACCGGUGGUGCUAAUGAUAUAUGUCUGCUUGAGCUUGAACGGGAAGUCACAUUCAAUCAGCGAGUACAACCAGUGCGCCUGACCCACAGCGUUUGGCCAGCCGGGACGGAGUGCUGGACCUCGGGAUGGGGCAGUAUUAAUUUCAUGGUGACAACGGUAAUACAGGCGGAUGCCCUGCAGAACACCCCAGUCAGUCUGGUGUCGGAGAACAACUGCCGCAACGCGUAUGUUGCUGCUGGUGUCUACAUGAACAUCGGCUCGCAUUCGGUGUGCGCCCUCAGGGCCGGAGCGGGACCGUGCCGCACCGAUAGUGGUGGACCUCUGAUGUGUCAGCGAGGAAAUCAAUGGGAGCUGGUUGGCGUUACUUCCGGUGGUAGUCCGUAUGGCUGCGGUCAUCCAUUAUUCCCCUCGCUUUUUGCCAAUGUGGUGAAUUUCAGAGAUUGGAUAAGCAGUACCACCGGCAUCCCUUUCUAGCCACGGCAGAUUAUAAUAUAAGAAAAAAUAUACGAUACGAACAAACGAAAAGAUAUAAUAUUUGGCUUGGUUUUAUGUGGAAAUAUUCAUCCAGCGAGUAGCAUCGCGGAAUUUGAGUGUGUGAGAAACUGUAAA